UAGUCAGUCAGUCGGACGUUUGCCAUCCGAUCCGAUACGUUUAACGCGCGGCGCCCUCGCCAACGGAAUCAGUGUCGAUGCGCACCGGCGUUACUUUGCGAGGGGGAGCAGGCGAGAGAUUAGUGCCGCGAUUUCGACGACGGCGAAGAAAGAGAGCGAGGGAGGAGGAGGAGAAGGCGCGCUAUCUAUGCGUUAAACAUCGGUGCGAGUGCCAAAACUGAGUACGAGAGAGCAGCCAGCUGAUAAACAGCGAGGAGGGAGAGAGACGCGCGGGUGUCGCGUCGCGUCGCAUCGCGUCGCGUCGCGUCGCGUCGCAUCGCGUCACGUCGCAUCGCGUUACGUCACGCACGUCACGUCACGUCACGUCACGUCACGUCACAUUGCAUCGCAUCUCAUCGCGUCGCAUCGCGUCGCAUCGCAUCUCAUCGCAUCGCAUCGCAUCGCAUCGCUGCGCUCGCGUCGCGUCGCGUCGCGUCGCGUCGCAUCGCGAGAGACCGAGAGUCGCCAAUAUGCAUCUUCACAGUGGUCUGACGUUGCCGAUUCUACUCAUCAUCGCUUCCUAUCCUCUGACGUUACGCGCGCGUCGAGUCGCACCCUUGAUAGAGGACGACUGGGCGAGGAGACCUCACCGGGCCGCCGAAUGCACUUUUGGCAAGCAGAUUCGCGAACUGGGCUCGAUAUGGUUCGCGGAUUUAGGACCGCCUUUUGGAAUCAUGUAUUGUAUCAAGUGCGAAUGUAUACCGGUGCAAAAGAAACGACGGAUCAUCGCCAGAGUCCAAUGUCGCAAUAUAAAGAACGAAUGUCCCAAACUCACGUGCGACGAACCAGUUUUACUGCCGGGUCGAUGUUGCAAAUCCUGUCCCGGUGACUUGAACACGGACAUAGUGCAAGAUUUGCCGGCGCAACUGACUUCGGAGGAAGAGGAACGAAGCUUGAAACAUUUCGGCACUUUACUAACGGGCAGAACGUCGCAAUCUUUGCAUCGCGACAACUCUAAUCCAACGUCGGCGUACAACAGCGCGUACAAUUAUCUAGCGACCGGUCGCUUCAGCUUCCAUCGCAAAAAUCUCUACUACUCGUUUUAUUUGUCCGCAUCGACGCCUCGUCCGCGUAGCAUACAGUUCGUCGAUGGAUCCGGCAGUAUCCUCGAGGAACAGGUGAUCGAUCCGAUCGGUGGUGCCUAUCAAAAUGCCACUGGCAAGCUUUGCGGCGUAUGGAGACGCGUCCCGCGCGACUAUCGUAAAUUAUUGCGCGAGGAACGCUUGCACGUUUCCUUCAUCUGGGAACCUUCGUCGAGUCUAACCGGUCAGGUGUCUCGUUACCGCGCAUUGUCGAGCGAGCAGUUCUCCUCGCUGUUAGAACCGACGAUGGGCGUCGAUCGAUCAUUGAUGUCCGGCGCGGGCGCGACAGCGAUCGUAUCCGCCUCAUCCGCCUCGACGCCAUCGAUCCACGUAUCGCUCGUCUUCAACGGUCUCUUCCUGCCAAACGACGUAGCUGACGUUCCGCUGAUCGUUCAGCUGGAACAUCAGGAGAAGGAUUACGUGGUCCUUACCGAGGAGAUAGUGGUGAAAAAGCCGUCCAACGAAUUGAACUUUGGUGAGAUUCGUAGCGCGCUUUCCGGAACCGAUCUCCGUUUGUUGACCCGUGGCAAGUUGUCGAUCAGCAUAAUGUCUCGCAAGGAUCCGCAGGCUCUUCGACUGGCUGGCACGGUUGGUCCGCGCGCAACUUGCGAUAUAUAUCAGACGUUGUUAUUGUCGGAGACGCCGUCCGCGGCGUCUGGAUUGGCAUGGGCCUUCCUGGAUCGCAUCGGAGCGUUACGUUACGGGGUUCAGUUGAUGGGCCUCGAGGAGGAGAGUCCCCUAGUGACGUUAGUGGACGAGGGUGGGAAACGGAGAACGGAACUCGAAGACUUGACGCCUUCGUUGAUCAACGGUCUCGCAAACGGUUCCCUCGAUCGACCCGGACCGAGACUCUUGCAGCCGCUUUUCAACGAGGAACUCUCCGUAGUCGCCGCGAGUCAUCUCGGCUCCGUGUUGCGCGGCAGACUUUUGGAAAGACCCGUAGCGGACGCCAGAGACACCGCCGCGCCUGUAUUACUACGAAGAUCGACCAAAGAGCCAACGUAUCCCGGACCGGUCGGUCUGAUAUGGACCGCGGUAGACCUCGAUUGUUCCCUACACUAUGAGCUAGAGCUCGCUGGUUUUCCCUCCUCGUCUCAAGAGCCGCAAACGUUCCGUUUGUACCUGGAGACCAUGCCUCUGCUGGCGCAAGGUGCUCCCGUCGCCAGGAGACUCCUCGAAGAAUUUACGGGAUACACCCUAGAAGGCUCGGUCACCGGACUGUCGCCGAUGGAGCUCUACAGAAUCGAAUCGGGCAUUGGCUUUCUCGAGGUGACUGACAAGCAGGCUACUCACGUCUUGAAAGCUCCCUUCAAGGCUAGGGCGCCGUUUAGCUGUUUACCGCACUACGCCGACAAUGACAUUGCUUCUGUGGUGGCGUACAAUCUGCAGCCACCCAGGUCGGAUAUCGACACCGGCGCGUGCUUUCACGAGACUAGAUUCUACGAGGAGGGCAUGCAAUGGACAUCGAGCGCGGAUCCCUGUUUAAUGUGUCAUUGCUAUCGCGGCUUGGCGCGAUGUGACGCAAUGCCUUGUCCGACAGUCUCUUGCCCGCUGGGAAAGCAGCUCAAGCAACCGAUGCCUGGUCAUUGCUGUCCGAUAUGCGCUGCACCAGCGACUGUCGAAACUAAUACAACAAUCAAGAGCAACAUCACGAGAGGUUGUACAUUGGCUGGACAAUAUCAUCUCGCAGGAUCAUCCUGGCAUCCGUAUUUACCACCAGUAGGAUUCGAUAUUUGUGCGAUAUGUGUUUGUGACGCUGUCACGCUGGAGGUGAAAUGCCCGCGGGUGCAGUGCCCGCCGCUCGAGUGCGACGAGAAGAUCGCCUUCAGGCCGGACAAGAAGGCUUGUUGCAGGCAGUGCCCGGUAACGACUCCUCGUAGCAACACAACUACCACCGCUUUAAGCGACAUCGCACACCUACCGAGAGAUCAGGCUUUACCUUCGACGCGACGCACCGCGGAAGAGAUACUCUCUUCUGGUGGCUGCAAAUAUCCUCUCGGUGGACCCUACGAGAAUGGCAUGGAAUGGCAUCCCCGAGUGCAUUCCCACGGUGAGAUGAAGUGCGUCAAGUGUCGUUGCAAAAAUGGCGAGGUCAGGUGCGACAGGAAACGCUGUCCACGAUCGCUCUGUAAUUCAAUCGCACAUCAGAUGAAACGUGGGGAAUAUGUGGCGGACGUCGAUGACUGUUGCACGGCACAAUGUCGCCGCGCGAGACGUCAUCACCGCAACAACCAUCAUCCGGCAUCGCGGCAUUCUGUGACGCCACGUGAGCUGAGCUGAGUCUGAUCGUCUUGCGAGAAAUUUGCUCCGGUCUACGAAGAACCUUGCCAUGUGCCGUGCCAUCAUCGUCGGGCGAUGAUAAAAAAACCAGUUGUCGAUCGUUCGUGCCGUUCGUCACCGAUUGUCUGCCGCGCGGGUCACGAGCGAUCGAGAAGAGCCUUUGAAGCAAAAUGAAAACAAACUUUUUAUACAUGCGUAUAUCAAGAUUGUGGGAACUGGAUCAGAAAUGUACCCAAGAGAAACUGAUUUUUAAGAGUAGGAAUAGUUUGGAAAAAUCAGCUAACGAACUUAUACAAUUCGUCGGGGAUAUAACUCGUAUUCGACUGGGCGGAAAACGACGUGCGAAUCUUGUCGCAGAAUUUGGUAAUGCUCGAUGAGACGAGAAUAAUUAAUCAACAAUGGCGCAAUUGCUCAAAAUUUAUUGUCAGUGAUAAAAAAGUCAGCAAAUGCGUGUACAAACAUACGUAUGUUUGUAGAAAGUUGACAAGAUACUAAAUAUAAGAGGAAGAACGUGGGGCGUGAUAACGGAUGUUAUUCUUAUCUGCGACACCCGUCCGUUCGGUCGUAUGCUCCAGAGCCUCCAAUACCCGCAGCCAAACGCUUAUUAAUCAAUUGAUCCUCGUCAACGGGUAAAAAUGGAGCAAGAGCGCUCCUUCUUUUCGUAAAAGGGGACAACCAUUUAUGAUUAACAAUCAUUUUAGAGAUGUGCGAAAAUGAAGGGUGAAAAUCCUGAUAGGAACGAGUUUUUCAUUAUGGCGUUAUUAGAGUGCUCUACUGUACCCAAUAAUUUCUUCGAGUUACCCAGCAACCAAAGAAGACUGAAAAACCUCCGAUGGCGGCAUCAGUUAUUAUGCGAUUGCUAAUGUUUACUAAUAACUACAUUAUUAUUAUCAUCAUGAUUAUCAUCAUCAUCAUCAUCAUCAUCAUCAUCAUCAUGAUCAUCAUCCUCGUCAUCCUCAUCAUCAUCAUCAUCAUCAUCUUUUUACUAUUAAUAGUAUUACCGCUAUAUUGCUUAUACUAUAAUUUUAAUAUCGUUAUAUAAUGGGUAUUAUUAUAUAAUCGCUAUAUUCUACUACGUCAUUUUUCUUAUUGUUUAUCGACUUUAUUUUUGCCGAUUGUUACGAUCAAAUCUAAAUUAUCGUUGAAGAGUGUAUUUAUAUAGUGCAUUGCAUAUUCAUACGUUAUGAAUCAUAUCAACGGUUUGAUGAGAAAAAACACGCGGUAACGUUGUUACUCUAUGAUCGAUGAGCGAUAAAAUGUUUGUCAACGAUAACAGUCAUUGCUGUAAGUACGUUUACAAUAUUUAAGUUGUAUAUUUAUUAUUAGAAAUAAUCCUUUUCAGUCGAAACACAUAUCGAAUCUUAGGAUAAAUGAAUUAAUUUUGACAUAUCUUAACAAUUGCUGAUUAAUUAACGUUCAUUUUCUGAGACGCAAAAAUAAUGUAUGUAAUGUAUAUUAAUUCCAGAAAUUUUGUUCCUUAUAGAUUCUUUGGUCACGCGCAAUAAUUUAAAAAGUAAUCGGUAUCGCACUAGUUACAAUUGAAUCAGGAGGCGUCCACUGCAAUAAUUUUUAAAAACUUUUAAGCAGCAAUUUUUCAACGAUAUGUUGCUACACGCGAAAGUUUUAUCAUAAACUUAUUUUUUAUGUAUCACUAUUUCAUGUAUUUUUAUACGAUAUAAAUACGAUUUUAAGAAUGUUUAUUCAAUUCGCCACUAUUCGUUAAAAUGACAAAAGACGGAUGUCGUAAAAUUAAAAAUUAUUUAAGAGCUCUUGGAUCGAACUCGAAACUAUCGAUUUGAAACCUUUUAAAUAGUAUUUUUAAUUCUAUUACAAAACUGAAUCCGAUUGGCAAAAAAAAAAAAAAAAAAAAAAACAAUUUAGCGCUAUAAACAUGGCAAAUGUCACAUCAGAGUUUCUGAAUCCAGCAGCCAACGAGACAAUUUGUACAAAUGUCGAAAUUGCAAAAAUUUUAGAAGCAAGUUUGCGUUGAUCAAUGUUAUAAUCGAAACAGUUUAACUUUACUACUUAACGUAGUGUGUAUCUCGUGUAAAGACAUUGACUCGUGUGCCUUACUUAUGAUACGAAAUGAAUACAUUAUAGUCGGCUGACAUUAACACCAUGUCGCGUAUGCAAACAUUUUGUACAUAGUAUAUAAUUAAACGGCUAAUUUUAUUAUAACAAUACAUCAGCAUUAUACAUAUGAUAAUUAUUAUUAAUAUUAUUUAUACAUUAUUGUAUAACUCUCUCUUUUAGCGUCAUUCAGAGUUUUCCCUAUAUAUUGUAUUCCUGUUUAUUAUCGAUUUGUUAUAUUGUCAUGAUUAUUUAAAGUCAUCCUCAUAAACACACAAGAUAUUGAUUUUUUGACGAGUUGAUGUUAAUUAUUUGAUAAAUAGAAUUAUAUCUCUUAUUUUGGCAAGCUUUAUGCCCGCAUAAAGCUAUAUUGAAAAAAAUGCUGUUUUAAUAUAAAUGUAGUUGUCAACGUAUAAUCUCUAUAAACGCUUGUUGGAAACAACAAAAUUAAUCGCCUUUAUCUCCUUUUAUUAUAAAUUUAACUAACAAAAGACGAGAGAAAAAUGGUGUAUGCGUUUGUGUAUGUACGCGCGCACAUACGCACAACAGUAGCGUUAUAUCGCAUGGAAGAGUUGUUGCUUAUGUAAAGCUUGCGAAAAAGAGUAGAUGGACGAGUAGCAAACAUUGUAGAGAUAAUUAUUGCGAUCUUGUACACAAAAAUUUAUUUACAAAGAAAAUUCAUUUCCGUGCGUUUUAUUAAUUUUUCGUAGCAAUUAUGACAACGAGAUGAAAUAAUAUCGCGACACGAUGCCUAUGCGAGAAAGGAUAAAUUUGUAUCUGUGCGUUUGAAUACAAUGUCCGUUGGAUAUGUGUUUUUAACAUGCUUUUACACAUUUAUUACAUACAAUACACGAUGGGGUGAGCAAAAUUAUUAUUAAUUUUUGUAUAAUGCAAUAAUAUCAACGAAAUAUUUCUGCGACAAGAUAAGCUGCUGAGGAAUGUAUGUAAUGUACAUUGUAACAAUUUUAUGAGAAAUGCAACUCGAUGUUAUUCUGUAUUGUGCCAAAACAAUUUAUCAAUUAAAAAUGUCAAUUAUUAUUACUAUUACUAUUAAAAAGAUGGUAACAAUUCGUCCUGUCCUAAAAUGUCCGAAAAAGAGAAAGAGAUGAAAAAUGUCAUCGUAUAGGAAUUUGCCAACGGAUGUAUGAUUCACAGAAAUCGAAUAGGGUAAAACCACCAAUGAGACUAUAAUAAUGACUCACUGAAUUCGAUUGAUAUUCUGAACGUAGAGAUUCCAGGAAUACCUUGCUCUUAAUCCGCGCAUUUCUCAAUAGUAACUGCAUUGUUUUUUGUCAUUGUAGAAAAGGCCAUUCGAGCAAGAAACAUUAAUCGAUAUGGAUAUACGCGUACAUACACACGUAUUCUAUACGAAAGGGGAUCGAUAUAAAGGACAUCGAUCCUGAACAAAACGCACCGAGAAAAGAUUGACUAUCGGUAUAGAUUACAUUUA